UGCGGAUGUUACAGAGGGAACAGUCCCAGCACCCGAAGACGCCGAGCCAUCACAUGCUAUCAGGGCCCAACCCCGACUUUGCUGCAUACCCUCCCGCGGGCAAAGUCCGUGUGACUCCGCGCACAUUCAGCGACACGCAUGCACCGCCGGGCCCGUCCGCCGCGCCACGCACCACUGCGCCCGCGGGAGGCGGAGUCCGCGGCGGUGGCGGCGGCGCGGAGACUGGAGUUCCGCGCGUGCAUUUCAGCGACACGCAUGCACCGCCCGGCCCCGCCCGGUGACGUGCGCGAUUUCAACCAAAUACAAGUAUGCGCCUCAAACCAUUCACUGUCGACAGCAUUGUUAAUAAGCACAUCGGCCUGCCAUUCACGGUGAUGCUUCUGUAAAUUCAUACUUCCGAACCACAAGAAUGGUGAACAUAUUCACCGGUGGCCUCUCGCUGUUGCAGUUGGUGCAGCGAGUGAUGUUUAACCCUUGUCACCCAUUGCCGCGACGCAUGUUCUAUUCAAUGCUUGCUGCUGCCCGCUGUUUUGCCGCUCCACACUAUCUCGCUCUAGUCCCCUAUCCAGGGCGAUCCUGUAGACCGCUCCUGCCCACUCCUUAUGGUUACUCGCUUACUGUUUCGGGCGCAUCCUUUCUGGUAGUCCCAACGCCAGCCCGGCCGCCGUCGUCCAGCCCAGCCAUCCCAAUACAGCAGCCACCUUCCGUCAGCCAGCCAUGGGCGCGACCGUCCACAGCGUUUACCGUCGGUUACGAGGCAACAUGUGAAUUCGCAACUUGCGCUACUGACUGCCUAUUCUCGUGCCGCCUGCUGUAAGCUGUCACCAGCUAGACAGGAUCAUACUAGGUGCUUACCAGGAGAGAACUAGAGCUAGGAGGACUUGUGAUGCUAGGCAACUAGGCGGAGAGUAAGGAACUAUAUGAGAAACCGAAGGAUAGGUGGCGUAUGUAUACGCCGUGUAAGAAUACUUGUAAGGCUCUGAAGGUGUAGCGUUGAUAAACGCUGUGUGACUCGUGCAUGGGACACUCCGCCGUGUGAAACCCACACGCGUGUCUGGCACCCUCUGGGUGUGUAUUGGCAUUCCCUCGUGCGUAACGGACAUGUAGCGCACCCUACGCUUACAUUCCCCCCCCUCAGAAGCGAACCGUCCUCGGGAGCCGUGACGCGUUGUAACCGGACACACUUGGUUACGUGCCAGUGGCGCGACGUUGGCGCUUAGCAUUGCGCAGGUUCACCCGUUCGAGGUAGUCGUUGAUGCAGUGCUCAACAAGCUCAUCCUCGCAAAGGACUGUGGAGGGUUCCCAAGAAUUGUGCUCAGCGCCGAAGCCAAGCCAUUUCACGAGGUACUCGCGAACCGAUUUGGAGCGACUUCCGCCCAGUUUGCGGUCGCGGUGUCCAAUAAUGUCUUCAACCUCCCAAUAUGCAUUGCCGUCAUCAUCAAAUAACUUCGGGGCUUGCGGGGGUUGGUACUGGCCGUCACUGGUGUACGGUUUCAGCAGCGACACGUGGAAAACCGGAUGAAUGCGGUACCCUUCGGGCAACGAUAGCUUAUAAGCUACCGGGCCAACUUUCUCAAGGACCGUAAAGGGUCCAAUAAAUUUGGGCAUAAGCUUUUUAGUACCGCCGGUUGGAGCCUUCAAGGCGAGAUUCUUUGUGCUCAGCAAAACGAGAGAUCCCACGGCGAAUGUGGAGUCCUGGCGUCGGGCGUCAGCAGCCUGCUUUUGCCGUGCCUGGGCACUGGUGAGACAGGCAAUUGCUCUCUUCAGGCGUUCGCCCAUGUGCUUAACCAAGGACGAUGCCAUGGGUACGGAAAAGGUAUGCUUGGGUGGUAAACCCAAGUUGCCGGGAGUACGCGGUUGGUACGGCGUGUAGAGUUCGAAGGGGUUUUCCCCAGUUGAUUUGCUGCGCGCAUUGUUGAUAGCGAACUCAAUCAUUGGCAGGCAUUCAUCCCAGUCGUCUUGCCUGGGGCCUACGUAGUGCCGUAGCGUCUCCUCAAGUAAGCGGUUCAUGCGUUCCGUUUGGCCAUCAGUUUGUGGGUGGAAGGCUGUAGACAGCCGCACCUUUGUGCGCAAGAGCUUGUGCACUUCAGGCCAGAAUUUACCCGCGAAUUGUGGUCCGCGGUCGGAAAUCACUUCAUCCGCUAAUCCGUGGUGGCGGAAAAUGUUUUGCAAAUAGAGCCAUGCCGCCUCCUCUGCAUCUAUCUCGUUUGUCGUGGGCGCAAAAUGCACCAUCUUUGUAAGACGGUCCACGAAAACCAUGAUAGCAGUGUGUCCGGAGGUGGUUUCGGGAAGCUGGGUGAUCAAAUCCAGUGUGACGCUUCCCCAGGGCCGUUUGGCGAUGGGUAGUGGCUGAAGCAAACCGCGCGGCUUUGCGGUUGAGGCUUUGUUACGUUGGCAGUCUGGGCAGGCGGCGGCGUAUCUCGUACAGUCUGCGCCCAGACCUUCCCAGACCUUCCCGCCUUAUAGCCUCGUAUAGACGUUCGUGCCCUGGAUGCCCGCUGGAACCACCGUCGUGGUAUUCAGCCAAGAGACUGCGCCGUAACGUGUCAACGGCGGGGACCAUCACCUGUCCCCCCUGGUAGUACAGGUCGCCGACUUUUUUCAGCUUUGCUACCCAGUUCCGAUUCCGGAACUUCGGAUCGGAUGCAUACCCAUCUGCAAGUUGCUUGCGGAUGUCUGCGGGGAUGGUUGUGCCCGCAGGUGGAGGUGCAUUGCGGGUCCGUUGCCCGCGCGUGAUUGCUUGCACGUGUGGAUCUAGGACGAGAUCGGGGUGCUGCGCCCGAAACUGCAGUACCAACAUUGCUAGUUGGGCGCGUGGCACUUCUGGAACCACAUCUUCAUAGAUGCGGCUUAGAGGGUCCGCAACAUUGAUGCGGCCUGGUUGGUAGGACCACUUAACGUUUUUGUCCUGCAGGAAUUCUAUCCACCGAGCCUGACGGCGUGAGAGCAGUCCGUUGGCCUUCAUAGAGUCCAGGUAAGUCAAGGGUUGGUGAUCGGUGACCACGGUUACAUCUGGCGCGCCCUCGAGAUAGCAGCGCCACUCUUGUAAAGCGUGAAUCACCCCCAGGGCUUCCUGGUCGGUGGUGGUGUAGUUCUUCUCAGCUGGUGUAAACCGGUGGCUGA